AUGACAACCCUGAUGGCAAAUGCACCCGGGAUGUCCUUCAGCUCGCACCCGUCAUCUCCCAACUUCUCCGAAGACCUAUCUCGCUUCCCCUCCGAAUCGUUGCACUCGUUCUCCUUUGCCCACCAAUCUGAAGAAUACAUACACAACCGCCAGAAUGUCCUCAAGAGAUCUAUAGAAUUCAUGAAAGACCGGAUGGGAUGGUCCGUUUCGUCUUCAGAUGUCGCACUUGCGAGUGCUCAAGCGCGAGCGGCUGGAGAUGUCGAGACACAGAAUAUGCUGGACUUGCUAGCCAGGGCACAGCUCGUUGGCGCCGGCAACCUCCCGUCCACCGACCAGACCCUCUUGGGUCCCCUCACAGGGCCUGCGCAAGUCUCUGGAGAGAACCUAUUCGAUGCCAACUUCAUUCCCCGUACCUCGAGUCCCGAGCCGUUCCAUCCAUCGCCGAGCGAAUCUCCAACCACGACACAGUCCAAAGCAUCAUUUGCGAUACGGGAUGUGCCACCGAAGAAGAAGAAGGAUAAGGAGCAGAAGCAACAAAAAGAACAAGAAACGUCAAACGAUGCGGAAUCUGAGAGCUCAAGUAGAACGCCAACGAACGAAAGCGGGACGACCAACAAGACCUCACCACCGCCGUCUCGGAGACUCAGUUUGAAGCGCACAUUGACGGAUACGCUCCCCGUCUCUGUUCAUCAACAGUUGAUCGACACCAUGGCACAACCGUACUUGGCAGCUCACGAAGCCCUCGCGUCACCUACCUCCGCUCACCCUUUGUCCGCAGGAAACAUGCCGAGCGCGCUGGGUGCGGCUGUACACGGCCAUUCGACAAGAUGGGUUCCGGCGGCACAGGCAAUUUUCACGACGGAAUCCAAACCGCCGUGGACAAUUAUCGCUGCCAACGAUUUGGCUUGUUUGGUGUUUGGUGUCACGAAAGCCGAAGUUCGAAAGAUGGGUAUCCUUGAGGUUGUCCAAGAAGAACGGCGAGCCUGGUUAGAAAAGAAGCUGUUACAGAUGGAGCCUGAAGACAGCAUCAGAGAGGCUGAAGAUUUGCCGGCGGCAGCUCCUGCGCCAACAUCUUCAACCUCAUCACUACUGGGUGGCCGGGGUGGGAUAACGGCCCAGCUACUGAGCAAACCCAACUCCAGAUCACAACCUCCGAAAGUUGUCCAGCGAAAGGCACAAACUGUUCACAGCGGAGACCCCAAUCCGCCAAAGCUGAGAGGAGGUUCACGGCAUCAGAGCAGCAGGUCCAGAGGUGUCUUGCUGUGUGGUGACGUGGUGCCAAUCCAGAAGCGAAACGGUGCAACUGGCUCCGCAAGUUUGUGGGUAAAGGAGAAGCGGGUUGGCUUGAUUUGGGUCCUGGAGGAAAUUCACGAAGACGUGGCCAACAUCACACUCGACGACGACGGCAUCAUCCAGAAGAUUUCGGGUGCUACGGCACCGAUAUGGGGCUUUGAGUCCCUCAGGCCUGGAGUGGAUGUCGGCAAGUUGAUCCCGCGCAUUCCCCGCCAAGGUAUCGAUCCCCGUACAGGCGAGGUCGACUUCGCCCAGAUUGCGAGGCGCAAGUUUUUCACAUGUCCAAACUCAGCCAAAGUCAACAUUCCAUGCACGGUCGAGCAGGUCCAGGGUAAGACUGAGCUGCGCGUCUCGAGCUUCCCUCACAUUGCAGGGAUCAUCGUCGUUGACCCAGAGAAUCUCAAAAUCCAAAGCUCAAACUCGGUAUUCUGCGGCGCCCUGUUUGGAUACGAAAAGCCCGACGGCAUGCCAAUCGACUCACUGAUACCGAAUUUCGAGAAGAUCCUCCACAUCUUGACGGGAGAGGAUGGCGUGCAGCUGCAAGAUGGAAUUGUGGUACCCGAGCAUAGUUUCCGCCGGGCAUCGGCCAUCUUGGGCUUGCGGGAAAACCGACCAGACGCCGCGGCAACCUUUUUGCGACCAGAGGGGCUGCCUGGAAAACACAGAGAUGGUUCAGAACUGAAGAUCGAUGUCCAGAUGAGAGUCGUCAGAAGUGCGAAGCAAUCCACCGUAAUCCAGGAGACUGUCAUCGAAGAUGAGGAUGAAGAUAAGGGUGGAUCGCAACAGGAUGGUUCCUUCUCUAUUCCUCAUUCAGAAGUUGUCUUUGCUCUCUGGAUCACCUAUUCUAGGCACCUGCACGCCAGUAGAUCUAAUCUCGGCGUGACGUCGGAAUCAGCCUCUGGAACGACAACUCCCUUACAUCAGCCAUCCCCCGGGCAGACGCCCGCACAUACGCCACUGGAGAUUAGCUCGGAUUCCGAUGAGCCCAAGUCUAAAGAACCGUCGUCGACUGCAUCCGCCAUCACCAAACAGCUCAAGGAGGUCGCUAUGACGGCUGCCGCGAAGCUCACUGGUGCACACCGAUCUGUUGACAAGAAGCAGGAGCAGCCCUCAGUCCCAAAAGUCGUCGAGCCGGCACACAAAAAGACCAUCGAUGACUUUCAGAUCAUCGAGGAUAUGGGCCAGGGUGCCUACGGCCAGGUGAAGUUGGCCAAGUACAAGACAAGUCAGAAGAAGGUGGUUCUGAAGUACGUGACCAAGCGGCGCAUCCUCGUCGACACGUGGACGAGAGAUCGCAAGCUGGGCACGGUGCCUUUGGAAAUCCAUGUUCUCGACUAUCUGCGUAGGCCUGAUCUCAAGCACCCCAACAUUGUCGACAUGGAGGAUUUCUUCGAGGACGACGUGAACUACUACAUCGAGAUGGCACCCCAUGGCCUGCCGGGAAUGGAUCUCUUCGACUACAUUGAGCUUCGGAGCAACAUGGAGGAGGCCGAGUGUCGCAGUAUUUUCGUCCAGGUCGCCAAGGCCAUUGGGCAUCUUCACACGAAGGCGCUAGUGGUUCACCGGGACAUCAAGGACGAGAACGUCAUCUUAGACGGCGAGGGCAACAUCAAGUUGAUCGACUUCGGAAGUGCGGCGUAUAUCAAGAACGGGCCCUUUGACGUCUUCGUGGGCACGAUUGAUUACGCGGCACCCGAGGUUCUCGCCGGCAAACCCUACGGCGGCAAAGAGCAAGAUGUGUGGGCGCUCGGCAUUCUGCUGUACACGAUUAUCUACAAGGAGAAUCCGUUUUACAGCAUCGACGAGAUCAUGGACCGAGACCUCCGGGUGCCUUGGACGAUGAGUGAUGAGAGCAUAGAUCUGGUGCGGUGUAUGCUGAAUCGGGAUGUAGAAGCGAGAUACGACAUAAACCAGGUCCUCGCUCACCCCUGGUGCCAGGAGGAUGAUGUCGAGUAA